GAUUAUUCGUAAGGGAAGAAAUUAUCCGGAAGCCUUUCACACAGCCGUGUUUUGGCUCCACCAGAACCACCCCAAGACGCUACUAUGCAACCUCCCCGCCUUCGCAGGUUGGAAAUGGGGUUUCGAUAACCUUCUCGACAUUCUCUACGGCCUUCUAGAACAAGGCCAAGACGCUACUGCGGAGGAGAGGCUCCACCGUGACCCUGACUAUAAGUUGUUACACGACCAGGUUAUGGAUCUCUUGGCGGAGCGGUGGAAGUCUGAUAUUGAAAAAUUGAAGCAGCACAAGCUGGAACUAAAGUCAUUCCAAGACUGGGACCAACUUGAUGAGGCUGAUCAUCUUUUGGUAUCUGGGACUGCAGCGGUUUGCAGCCUCCCCGACCCCCACACCAGCUCCAUUUUGCUUCGUGAAAGCAUUGCGAGGAGGCUUUUCCCACCAGAAUCGGAUCAAUCCGAAGAGUGGGAACGGCUAACCAACGCUUUGGAGCCCUUUUUAAAUUACUACAUGCAUCGAGCCUUACAUGGGAACCACACACUAGAGCGCGCUGAGGUAAAAUGUUUGGAGGAGGUGAAAGCAGCAGCUGCAGCAGGAGGCAAUUUAGGAGGCGGCAUAAUAAAGCCGGAUGCUUUGCUUCCAAAUGAGAUCAUGAAAUACGCAGAAGAUGAGGAUUUCGGGGAAGCGGCUAACCUUCAGUGGAAGGCAAUGGUGGAGGACAUGUACCUGAAGCAGCGGCAAAAGCAGGGGGAAGAAGGUUUGGGCAAAUUUAAAAACUGUUUGGCAGUGUGUAACAUCACUGAUCACACGGCCAAAUUACAAAGAGAAUUGGGGGUGAGUUUGGGACUUUUGGUUUCGGAACUGAACGAAGAUCCGGCAUGGAAAGGAAAGGUGAUCAGUUUCGGUGAUUUGCCCGAUGGUCAGUCUCAGCCGCUGCUGCAUUCGAUACAAGGCGAUGAUCUCAAGUCCAAGUGCGAGUUUAUGAUGAGGACAUGUCGCAUGAAGUCCAACGAGAGUGUCGAUUUUCGGAAGGUGUGUGAUCUGAUUCUGGAAGUGGUUGAGAAUGAGAACUUGAAGGCAGAGCAGAUGAUCAAGAAAGUGUUUGUGCUCACCGACCUCACAGGAUUCUUUAGCUGCACCUCGAAGACUCUGUAUGAAGCAAAACAGAGCAAGCAUGAGGAGCUUGAGGCUUCCGGAUACGAUGCGUGGCCAUUGCCUCACAUUUUGCUUUGGAAUAUUAGUGAAUGGAAGUAUCCUCAUUCAGAAGAACAUCAUCCAGGGGUGACGCUGAUGAGUGGCGUCAACGACAAUUUGAUCAAGUCCUUCAUGGACAAUGGUGGGGAAAUUGGCCCGCGACAGGUCAUGGAAGCAGCCAUCGCUGACAGAGAGUUUCAAACUUUCUCUGUCGUCGACUGA